CCGAGCUCGGGGCCGCCGCCGCCGUCAUUGCGGAGGGGACGAUGUCUCGCUGCAGCCCCGCCGCCGCCCGCCUGCUCGGCCGCUUCCUCCGCCUUCCACAGAAUGGAGUCCGACACUGCUCCUACUCAGCAUCCAGGAAAAACCUGUAUGUUAACAAGAACACAAAGGUCAUCUGUCAGGGUUUUACAGGCAAACAGGGCACCUUUCACAGCCAGCAGGCAUUGGACUAUGGCACCAAUCUAGUUGGAGGAAUUUCUCCAGGGAAAGGGGGAAAAACUCAUCUAGGUCUGCCUGUGUUUAAUUCUGUGAAGGAGGCCAAAGAACAAACGGGUGCUUCAGCCACUGUCAUCUACGUCCCUCCCCCGUUUGCUGCUGCUGCCAUCAACGAGGCCAUCGAUGCAGAGAUGCCCCUGGUGGUGUGCAUCACCGAGGGCAUCCCCCAGCAGGACAUGGUGCGCGUCAAGCACCGCCUGCUGCGGCAGGACAAGACCCGCCUGGUGGGCCCCAACUGCCCCGGCGUCAUCAAUCCUGGAGAAUGUAAAAUUGGUAUCAUGCCUGGUCACAUUCACAAGAAAGGAAGAAUUGGUAUUGUGUCAAGAUCUGGAACCCUGACGUACGAAGCUGUUCAUCAGACAACACAAGUUGGGUUGGGGCAGUCUUUUUGUGUUGGUAUUGGAGGUGAUCCCUUCAAUGGCACUAAUUUUAUUGACUGCCUUGAUGUCUUCCUGAAGGAUCCUCACACUGAGGGGAUCAUAUUGAUUGGGGAGAUUGGAGGAAAUGCUGAAGAAGAUGCAGCAGCAUUUUUAAAAGAAAAUAAUUCUGGCCCCAAUGCCAAGCCAGUGGUGUCCUUCAUAGCUGGCCUGACGGCUCCUCCGGGCCGGCGGAUGGGCCACGCUGGAGCCAUCAUUGCUGGGGGCAAGGGGGGAGCCAAGGAGAAGAUUGCAGCCCUGCAGAGUGCAGGGGUUGUGGUCAGCAUGUCCCCUGCUCAGCUGGGCACCACCAUCUACAAGGAGUUUGAGAAAAGGAAAUUGCUGUAAGAGAAGACACUUUGGAAUACUUUCUCCAAAACACCAGUGCAGCACCCGGCCUCCGCUUAUCUUUUGUCUGCUAAUCUUCAGUUGCCCCAAUGUCUUGACAUUGGUCAAUGAAUUUGACUGGGAAGCCAGAAACCUCCUGGCUGAACCUGUUUUGGUGUCUCCUUGUUUCAGACAUUGUCACCCUGUUGUAAAUCACAGCAAAUUAAUAAACCUACUACUAAAUCUGA